CGGCUUCAAGAAGUCCAUCGCGCGCACGGGAACGACGAUCAUGCAGAAGACGGGCCAGGUGGACCGCACCGUCGACUCGGAGUUUGCCGACGUCGAGGCCAGGUAUCGGGCACUGGAGAAGGAGGUGCUGGCGCUGCAGAAGGAGGCAAAGGCGUAUCUGGACGCCGUGCGAUCUCUGGCGGCGGCACAGGCGCGCAUCGCUUCGACGGUGGACGAGUUCUAUGGCGAUGCCUCGGACGCAGCUAUGGCUGCCAACGCCUACAAGCGUGCCGUCGAGGAGCUGGACGCCAAGACCGCACGUGAGCUGGAUGCGCCGUACCGGGCUACAGUGCUCGAGCCCAUCGGCAAGCUCGCGUCCUUCUUCCCCGAGAUCAACCGGAAUAUCGAGAAGCGGAACAAGAAGCUGCUCGACUACGACGCCGCACGGACGCGGCACCGCAAGCUGGCCGACAAGCCGUCUGACGAUCCAAUGAAGCUGCCUCGCGCCGAGAAGGAGCUGGAAGAUGCGCGUCUUCUCUUCGAGACGAUCAACGAGCAGCUGCUCACCGAGCUGCCUCAACUGCUCGAGCUGCGCAUCCCUUACCUCGAUCCCAGUUUCGAGGCCAUGGUGCGCAUGCAGGCGCGCUUCGCCGAGGAGGGAUAUGAGAAGAUGGGCGCGGUGCAGCGGUACUUUGCAGAGGGCAUUCGCGAGGAGUAUGCGGAGGGACAACUCGAUGCUCAGGUCGAGGGCGUGCUGCAAGAGAUGCGGGAACUCUCCAUCUGCGGCCUCGCUUCGGCCUGAGCGCCGUGCGCUCCGCUGCCUCGCGCCUCUUUCUUAGUCACCCGUCCCGUCUCUUCCAUGCCCGCCUCUUCCACAUUCUGCCCACCCAUUGCCGCGCCGCCUUGUACAUAUCCCAUCACGCUCUGAGCACAGCGUCACAACAACGUCCUUAUCAGCGGUG